CAACAAAACCACCUGAGAUCACUUUUUCAUGCGUAUGAUUUGGAUAAUUCAGGGCGAAUAGAAAAAAAUGAGUUCAUUACCAUUUGCCUGGAGCUUCGUGUCGACACCCAAGAAGCAGAUGCCAUAUUCAACCGCCUAGACAUCGACAAAGACGGCACAGUGACCUUAGAGGAGUUCAUCAGUGGCUUCAAUGAACGACACCAAGAAAAAGAAGAUGACAUUAAACCAGGGAACACGAAAUCCUCAGAAAGUGUGGAGGACUUUCCAAGCAAGAAGGAACAAGUCAUUUCUAGCCGGCCACAUCCCUCCAUCAAGGGAAUGAGCGCAGAGGAGCAGGACCGGCUGCGUACCCUCUUUAAGGCGUACGACGUGGACAACUCUGGGCGCAUAGAGAAGAACGAGUUUCUGACUAUUUGCGCGGAGCUGCAGGUGUCAGCGGCCGAAGCAGAGAAGAUCUUUGACCGACUGGACGUAGACAACGACGGAACCGUCACCCUGCUGGAGUUCAUCAGCGGCUUCCACGACCGCUACGGAGAAGACAUGGACUCGGACGGAGGAGACGUUUCAGCCGCCUGGGAGGAUUUCGAGGGGAGAAUGGGCGACCAGGCCAAGUUCAUCCCCAGGAACGAGCAAGCAGCAACAUUGUACCAGAACAUCAGUCUGACCGAGCCCCGGCUGAUACCUCAGUUUGAGAAAAUCAUCUUAAACUUCACCAAAGAGAUCAAACAGCAGAACUCUGAGAUGGAGAACUUGGCCCUCGCUGUCAAACGAGCACAGGACCAGGCAUCGAUGCAGCUCAGCGAGAUGGAAGAGGAGAUGGACCAACGCAUACAUGCUGCUGAGAGAAAAACACGGGAGCAGGAGAAGAAGCGAGCAGAAUCUGCUCUGAAUGAGCUGCGAAGAACUUAUGAAACCGAAGUGUGUGAGCUGCAGUGUAAGAUCCAGAGGAUGCAGAUGAUAGAGGAGAAGUACAAGACCAUCACUGUGAAAGACGAGAGCCCAGCUUUGAAGAAGAAGAUCAAUGAGCUGACAUUGGAGAAUCAGCGGUUAAAACAGGAUCUGCUGAGGUCUCAGACCAAAGUGGCCUGUCUGCAGAGUGAGAUGGACUCACUGAAAACAGAGCUGACUGAUCAAAGCAUCAACUGUGAAAGAGAUGAGGAGCUCAUGAAGCACUUCUCUGAUGAGCAAGAUGUCCUGGAGAGCCAGAUUGAGAUAUUGCAGACAGCCAACAGGAAGCUGCAUGACAGCAAUGAUGGCCUGAGGGCAGCAUUGGAGAGGAUCACCAAGUCUGGUAACGGCGGGUCACCAGGAGACAAGAACAGAAACAGAAGUAAAAGCAUCUGCUACUCAUCACAAUACGCAUUAUUGGACAGGUUCUGCCAGCGUAUGGAUGAGUACCCUGUGUACAGCCGCCGGCCCAGUUGUGACACCCUGGCUUUGGCCAUGUGUGACCCAGGCCUGAGGCGCAGACACAGCAGUGAGUGUGAGGUGGACAGUCUGCCAGAGACCUAUAUGGACAGCGGCUUGUCGACACUCAGAGGUUCACAUGCAGGUUACGACUCAGAGCAGGAGGCCAAAGGUCAAGAGGAAGAAGAAGAGGAGGAAGUGGAGGUAGAAGAGCGGGACAAGAAGAAAGUGGAUGAUGACAACAAUGAUAGCUUGAUUGAAGAAAACACUGACACUGAGUUAGCAGAGACUCAGGAUGGUGAAUCAGCUUUUGGGUCAGACAGCAGCUCAGUUUUGGACUGGAAGCCAUCUGAAUCCAUUAGUGUGAGCACACCCCUGACCACAACGACACGAAAAGCCCUCAGUGCCAUCAGUGUUCAGAAGGAAGACAAGGACAGUGUUGACCUGGGCUACAUGACGUCAGAAAAAGCCUACAGGAUCGUUUUGGCUGGAGAUGCUGCUGUGGGAAAGUCUAGCUUCUUGCUUCGCCUCUGCAAGAAUGAAUUCAAAUUAAACUCCAGUGCUACUCUGGGAGUGGAUUUCCAAAUGAAGACACUCAUUGUGGAUGGAGAGCCCACAUUACUACAAUUAUGGGACACUGCAGGACAGGAGAGGUUCCGCAGCAUUGCAAAGUCUUACUUCCGACGAGCGGAUGGUGUGUUGCUGCUGUACGACGUCACAUGUGAGAGGAGCUUCCUUAAUGUCAGAGAGUGGGUGGACAUGAUUGAGGAUGUGUCCCAGGAGGAUAUUCCCAUCAUGCUUGUAGGUAAUAAAUGUGACCUCAGAAAAGAUGGAGUCUCCAGUGUCCCCACCAGCUAUGGAGAAAAACUGGCUAUGACAUACAGCACUCUAUUCUGUGAAACCAGCGCCAAAGAUGGCUCCAACAUCCUGGAGGCUGUACUGCAUCUUGCCAGGCAAGUCACAACGCACGCUGCUUUUGAUGACAAAAAUCGUUAUCAGAUUCUCCCCAGCUUGGAUGCUCCAAAGAAAAAAACAAACUUCGCCUGCUGCACUUGA